AGGGAACAAUAUGGCGGUCGUGCAAAGUUUUCGCCGUCCGUGUAAGGAAUUCGCGUCGUUUUGACGGCUGAACGCUGAAAUCGGGAUAGAUCUGUCAGUGGUGACUGUAGGGGAAAAUUGGACGUGUAGUGAGCGGUUUAAAAGGCGCGUUUAAUUACGCAAUUCGUUUGAACGGCCCAAUGCGGGUCGCAAGAGAUUCGCCGAGUGCAAAUGAUGAAUUCAAUGCUGCCCAGCUUUAAUCCGCCUAUUGUAAAGCGGCUGCUGGGCUGGAAGAAAGCCGAAGGCGAGGACAAAUGGAGCGAAAAGGCUGUUAAGAGCCUCGUGAAAAAGCUCAAAAAAUCUGCGGGACUCGAGGAACUCGAGAAGGCCAUCACCACGCAAAGCUGCACCACCAAGUGCAUCACUAUACCAAGGCCUAGCCCGGGAGGCGUCGGCGACAACGGUGUUCAGGGUGUGCGCGGCAAAGGUUUACCGCACGUGAUCUAUUGUCGCCUGUGGCGUUGGCCGGAUUUGCAGUCACAUCACGAGCUCAGGGCCAUCGAGCACUGCGAAUACGCCUUUACGCAAAAGAGAGACGAAGUCUGCGUGAAUCCUUAUCACUAUCAGCGCAUUCAGACUCCAGUUUUGCCAGCCAUUUUAGUGCCAAGACAUAAUCUUUCCGGGGAGGAAUCGGUUCUUUAUAAUACAUCGCUCGAGGAGCUGAGCGUGAGUGUGCCGGAGAAUACUAGUUUUCACGCAACAUUAAAUCACCAACAUCACAAUCAGCAAGGAAUUCCUCAAUCUCCACAACAGCAACCACCAAAUAACCCAUACCAAGGAAUGCAGAGCAUGCAGGCGACGAGUCCGGCGAGUGUUGGCAGCCUUGGAAGCGUUCAGGGUUCGCCUCACCCUGCUCCAGGAUCUAUGGAUCCACCGGCAGAUACACCCCCUCCCGGUUACAUAAGUGAGGAUGGCGAUAACAUGGAUCAUAAUGACAAUAUGUCCUUGUCGCGAUUAUCACCUAGUCCCGUCGAUGCCCAGCCCGUGAUGUACUGUGAACCAGCUUUUUGGUGUUCCAUAAGCUACUACGAGUUAAACACAAGAGUGGGUGAAACGUUCCACGCUUCUCAACCAAGCAUAACAGUAGACGGUUUUACGGACCCGAGCAAUUCUGAGAGAUUCUGUUUGGGUCUUUUGUCAAAUGUGAACCGCAACACUGUCGUUGAACAAACUAGACGACACAUCGGAAAAGGUGUCAGAUUAUACUACAUCGGUGGAGAAGUCUUUGCCGAAUGCCUCUCAGAUUCAAGUAUUUUCGUUCAGAGCCCCAAUUGCAAUCAGCGUUAUGGCUGGCAUCCAGCUACCGUCUGCAAAAUACCACCUGGCUGUAAUCUGAAGAUCUUCAAUAAUCAAGAGUUUGCUGCUCUACUUUCACAAUCGGUUUCCCAAGGCUUUGAAGCGGUGUACCAACUCACUCGAAUGUGCACCAUCAGGAUGAGCUUCGUGAAGGGCUGGGGUGCGGAGUAUCGUCGGCAAACCGUGACAUCGACACCCUGCUGGAUUGAGCUGCAUUUAAACGGACCGCUCCAGUGGCUCGACAGGGUACUCACGCAAAUGGGCUCUCCUCGCCUACCCUGUUCCUCGAUGUCUUAAAAUCUCUAGUAUCCCUCCCAAUUCUCAGAUUAAGAGCGUCUAACUAAUAUCUGAGAAACGAAACGAUCUCUAGCUCAUCGGUCGAUUCCCUCUGCCAUGAAUAA